UUGAAAACAGGCGUGGUUUUAAUUUGUUUGUCACUAUACUAUAAAUCACUGUUCUGGAUCAACUUCUCUCUAGUCUGGUAGGAUGAUAAAGACCUGGGCAUUCUUCACUCUGGGAGGAAUAUUCACUGCAGUCUAUUCUAAUGCCGUCAGAAAAUAUCCACUGAUGAGAAAGCCCCAGCUGCACCUGGUGUGCACUGGUGUGGGGUUCUUCCUGGGUUACCUAGCGCACAACUAUGAGGAGGGUUCAGAGAAGAGGACACAGAAGCUGCUCUCACGAUAUAGACAUGCCCCCAGGGAGUGGGUGGAGGUCAGCUCUGAUGAUUGAGUGAUGGACACAAGCAACCAUAGCAACUCGUGGACAUUAACUCUCUUUGUCAGACUACUUUGACUGUUGUAGUGUACAUGUAUUGCUAGCUUUUGUGAGCAUGUUCUGUAUUUCACUUCACCACUGUGUAUGUGUUUUUUGUACUAAUUAAAUGGUUGGCGGCAUUGACAUUAAAAUUGAA